AUGGCAGCCACGCAUGAUGAUAAGGCUGAGGCCUCGCAUAUCGAGGCUAUUGACAACUCAAACACGUCUGAUCACGGAGAUCAGCGAGGAUAUAGUGGUGAAGACAGCGCGAAUGAGGAGAUUGUAAGACAUCUUCAGACGACGGGCGAGGAUGUGGGCAUGACGUUUAACACCUUCAUGGCUGCAGUGAGCAUGGCUAUGUGCUACAACGCCUAUCUCUUCACUCUCCUCAUUCCACCAGCGAUUCUAGGCUUCAUCAACGCAGACCUCGGACCCGACCCUCGCUUCACAUGGAUUACAAUAUCGUGGAAUCUUGGCGGAGCGAUGCUCGUGACAAUCGGCGGACGCCUAUCUGACAUUUUUGGGCGCCGCUGGUUUUUCAUUGCCGGAGCCAUUAUUCUCAUCAUCGGCAGUAUCGUAUCUGCCACAGGCCAGAGUAUCAACCAGAUGAUUGCUGGAGGCGCGCUUUUUGGAAUGGGCUCGGGCUUUCUUGAAAUGGCUUUUGGUGCUGUGCAGGAAAUUGUGCCGAGCAAGUACAGACAUGUCACUAUUGGCUUGUUUGACGCAGCGUCGAUCAUUGCGCAGAUGAUGCCUUUGAUUUCUUGGGUCAUAAUCAAACAGACUGGAAACUGGCGUAUAUGCUACUACAUCAUGAUCGCUUUCCAGACGCUCAACCUCGCAGUAUUAUGGUUCUUCUACCACCCGCCUUCGUGGAAAGAGAAGAGAGCUGAGCACGGCAAGUCCGCCAUGCAACUAGUCCGCGAGUUCGACUGGCUUGGUCUUUUUCUCUUUUUGGCUGGCUGUACACUGUUCAUUGUCGGUGUCAGUUGGGGUGGUUCAAUGGCACCUUGGGUCAGUGCAACUGUGCUAUGUCCUAUCAUCAUUGGCCUCUUGACCUUGGUUGGACUGGGCUUCUACGAGGCGUACUAUCCUCUCACCGCACCACUGUUUCCACCACGUCUAUUCAGGGCUCUGCGGCACUUCACUGUCCCUCUCCUCGUCAUGGCCAUCGGCGGCAUGCAGUAUUACAGCAACGCCACGCUCUGGAACCGCUUGUCGCAACUUAUCUACGCAAGCGAUGAAGUCUCCAAGGGUCUCUAUGCUGAAGUCUUACCUCUCGGCACCAUCAUCGGCGGCAUAAUCGUCGCAUUCAGCAAAGUCAUCGGUCACCAACGCUGGGUUAUCAUGUUCGCCGUCGCUCUGCAAACAGCCUGCGUCGGCGCAAUGGCAACAAGCACAAUGGACAAUCCCGUCAAAUCCAUCAUUCUAACUGUCAUAAUCUCGACCUGCACAUCAGUCAAUUUGCUAAACGGCAUGGUGCUGGUCGGCUUCGGUAUCGUUUACCAAGAGGACAUCGGCACCGCCGCCGGCCUCGCAGGCACAUCCCGUCUCCUCGCCGGCGCCGUCGCAACCGCCAUCUUCUCCAACGUCACCAACAACAAAUACGCCAGCACGCUCCCCUCUGCCGUCCGCCGUAACCUCGCGCCCUUCAACCUUCCCCCCGCAACAAUCACGCGCCUGGUUGCCGCCGCGCGCGCCAACACCGCUGCAGGAUACGCCGCAGUGCCGGGCAUCACACCAGCGAUUCGUGCCGCUGCUAGCUUGGGAAAUAAGCAAGCGUAUCUUCAAGGUGCGCAUCUGAGUUAUCUGGUUGCGCUGGCGUUUGGGUUGUGUGGGGUUGUGGCGGCAUUUUUCAUUCCGUCGGUGGAUAAAAGGAAGUAUACGGAGAAGACGGUGGCGGUGCAGAGGGAUGAUCGGAGGGCGAUGGAGGAGAAGAAGUUGAGGGCUGGGGCGGCUUGA